AUGACAGCCCACGUCUCACCACCACCAGCUGACGGGGAGGUACCAGUCAUGCCAGGGAUUAAAGGUGCCAACGGCUUUCCUGGUGCGAACGUCGUCCAUGCAACAUCCAAGUCAACAAUAAAUGGUGACCAUGAAGUGAAUUCUCCAAAUCAAUAUUCGAUUCCGCUGAAUCCCGAGCAUGCAUUCAAACCAAGGAAGCUCCGUGUUGUUACCAUCGGAGCUGGUUUCUCAGGUUUAUUAAUGGCCCACAAAAUUCAACACCGUUUCCCAGAGCUUCAGAAAUUUGUAGAUCAUACAAUCUACGAAGCUCGAAGCGAUGUUGGUGGCACCUGGCUGAUCAACAAUUACCCAGGCGUUCAGUGUGAUGUCCCGUCACACAUUUACGCAUUUCCAUUUGAUCCAAAUCCUAACUGGAGUCGGUUUUACUCCAGUGGAGAAGAAAUCCAGAACUAUAUCAAGGAUACUGUGAAAAAGUGGAACUUAGACCGAGAUCUGCAGCUUAACACCAAAGUCGUGGGUGCCUUUUGGGAAGAAGAGACCGGGAAAUGGAAAUUAACAAUUGAACACAACGGCGAACAACGUGAAGACCUGUGCGAUAUUCUCAUUUCGGCUCAAGGUGUAUUAGUCCAUCAUUCAUGGCCUGAUAUCCCAGGUCUCAAGGACUUUAAGGGUCACAUAACUCACUCUGCUCACUGGGAUCAUGAAUAUGACUAUUCAAACAAACGUAUUGCUGUCAUUGGAAAUGGAUCAUCAGGCAUUCAAAUUACCCCGCAAAUGGCUAGAUUACCUGGAACGGAAGUGAUUAACUUUAUGAGAAGCCCUGCUUGGGUCUAUUACCGGGUGCCACCUUCUAAGCACCUUGGCAGAGAGGUCGAUGAUGCAAACCCAGCAUAUGCGGACGAAGAGAUCCAGCGAUUCAAUGACCCUGAAGUCCAUAAAGAAUAUCGGAAAGGUAUCAUUUCUCGAACGAAUAAGGCAUUCCGCCUGUUCCUAAAAGGCGAGAACAACGAUGCAGCCGUGAAAUUUGGAGCCCAGCAGAUGGCUGAGAAGCUGAAUCAUGACCCUGAACUCUGCGAAAAGCUUAUUCCGGAAUGGGGCGUUGGUUGUCGUCGUGUCACGCCUGGACCAGGCUACUUGGAAUCAUUUAGCCAGCCAAAUUGCAAUCUCAGCAACAGCCCAAUUACCAAGAUCACUGAGAAUGCGGUACACACGGAAGAUGGUAAAGUGUUUGAGUGUGAUGUCGGUAUGUAUGCCCCGAAACCUGAUUACAAGCGUUUCCAGAAUUCUAAUAUUGAUGAUCUUUUAGUGAUUUGUGCAACUGGCUUUGAUGUUUCCCAUUGUCCCCAUUACCCAAUUGUCGGUCAAAAUGGAGUGACUCUUGCAGAUAAGUGGGCCGAGGAACCAGAGUCCUAUCUUUCUGUUUCAACCGCUGGGUUUCCCAAUUAUUUUAUCAUGAUGGGACCCAACUGUCUGGGUGGUCAUGGUUCAUUAGUAGAAUCCCUAAAUUGGACGGGAGACUACUUUGUGAAAUGGAUUACGAAAAUGGCCACUGAAGAUAUCAAAUAUGUUGUGCCGAAGCGAUCUGCUGAAGAAGCAUUCGUCAGAUAUGGCGAUGAGAUUCACAAGACAUUGGUAUGGACCGGUGGUUGCAAGAGUUGGUACAAGAGGAACCGGGUCGAUGGCCGUGUUACGGCCUUGUUUGGUGGAAGUGCGAUUUUAUUCCAUCGCUUGAUCAAUGAGAUUCGAGCCGAGGACUUUGAGGUUGAAUAUAACAGUCCUAAUCCAUUUAGAUUCAUGGGUAAUGGAUUUACUGAGUUUGAAUUGACAGAAGGAAAUGAUCUGUCAUAUUAUGUUCAAGUUGCUGAUCAUCUUGAUUCUUGA